UUUCAUUCAUUUUUACAAAUUAUUACAUCAAAGUGUGUGAAAAAUGUUGAAUGACCGCGAAAAAUUGAUCCGCACGUUGCUGCACUGUUGUCGGUUACGAUUUCGCCGUUUUCCUGGGUUCUAUUUCCCGGUGUUUGUGUUUCUUCGGGGACUACAGAAGCUCAACUAUGAAAUAAAAUUACGCACGGCCAGCUUCCGAGUGGUUCCGAUACCGAAUCUGCUCUUCGAGCAACACCAAAGGCAACAGCUGGUCCACUCGGAACACACGCUGUUCGUGAGCCGGACCGUUUUCAAUCAGUAUGUGGUCGAGCGGGAAAUUAACUGGAUCAAUUUGAUUAUUCGAGGAUGCGGUGAAGGUGAAGGUGCUCGGAACAAAACGGUCAACGAUGGUCCUGGAUUGGUUUCGGUGAUUCUGAACAAACAGAACGUUUCGGUUCUGUUCCAAAUAUGCCCACUGGAUGGUGUUCCUCCGAAUGUGAUUUUCGUUAAAGAAAAUCUUUUCCAUGGACUGGUUGAUCGAUACAAACUUUCCGAGGGUGGCUUCAGUGGAAAGCUGCAACGGAUUCCCGAGCAACAGCAUCUUCCUCAGGUGGCCACAAAGGCGAACAUUUUCCUCUACAAUACCCCCUACGAUUUGAGUUCGGAUAUGGUGGAUUUUAUUAUGGGAAAGUUCUUUGAAAAUCCUCAGCUCCUGUAUCGGAAUCACACUUACCAUGUCCCGCUAAACGAACGUUUUUUGGGAAACACGUUUUAUACGAAAAAUUUCGCCACCUUCGCCCAUUUGAGAUCGCUAUAUUUCAAAUGUUUAAAUUUGGAAUCCAGCGAAAACAGUUUUGAGCUGUUUGCUAUCGUUUGUAAAAAUUUGACCAACCUGCACCAGACGACGACGUACAAUAGUUUUGUACCGCCUCAAAAAAUUGAUGAUCUGACGUUCGUUCCGAUGUGUCCAUUCGGAUUGCGAAAAUAUCAUGACGAGUUGGGAAGUUCUUUAACGGCUUAUUUGAAACAAGAAAACAAUUCGUUGAUUGAGAACCAAAUUCAUCCUAUUUUUAUGUUGCAAGGCGAGAGAGGAAUAGGAAAGUCUUCGGUGUUGAAGGCCGUUGCUAGUCGGCUGGGCAUUCAAGUUUUUUGGGGCGAUUGCACGGAUAUAAUGACAUCGAUAUCGUCUCAAACGGAAACCAAACUGAUAUCGGCAUUGAACAAGUCGAAAAUUUGCGAACCCAUCGUUAUCGCACUGCAGAACUUCGAAAUCUUUGGCAUUGAUAAUGAAGGCCAUGAAGAGUUGAGGAUACUAACAGCAUUUCAAGCCGAACUACAUACGCUUUUCAGUAGAAAGUACACUUACCCCGUGAUUCUCAUCGCUCUGAGCAACGAGAAAGAUUCUUCGAAACCACGUCUGACCAGCUUAUUUUUGGAUAUCAUUAAGUUUCAAUCUCCGAAAGCCAAAGAAAGAGCUCAACUCCUUCGUUGGAUAGCUCGCAAAGAGUCCAUUCGAUUACCGCUGAACUCGAUCAACAAACUGUCGGAACAGACUCAAGGGUUUAUAUUCGGUGAUCUGAAACUUUUGUGCGCCAAAGCUAGUCAAAAAAUUGCACACCCUCAAAAAUUGUCCCACGACCUGUUCGAGCAAGCGCUCGAAGAAAUGCAGGCCAGCUUUUCCGACAGUUUGGGAGCUCCCAAGGUACCCAAAGUGUUGUGGUCCGAAAUCGGUGGGCUAGCCAAGCUGAAAACCGAAAUCCAAAACAGUAUUGGCCUUCCUCUGCGGCACAAAAAACUCUUGGGUAAAAAUAUGCGCCGUUCAGGAAUCCUUCUAUAUGGUCCACCCGGAACCGGUAAGACGUUGAUCGCCAAAGCCGUAGCCACCGAGUGCAACCUCAGCUUCCUGUCCGUUCAGGGCCCGGAACUGUUGAACAUGUACGUUGGCCAGAGUGAACACAACGUGAGGGAGGUGUUUUCGAGGGCCCGUUCUGCCGCACCCUGUGUAUUGUUCCUGGACGAGCUGGACUCGCUGGCCCCCAAUCGAGGCGUUUCGGGCGAUUCUGGUGGAGUGAUGGACCGCGUCGUUUCGCAGAUGCUCAGCGAAAUGGAUGGCAUUUCCAAAAGCUCGGAUGCGAGUCAGCAAAUAUUCAUUCUGGCUGCCACCAAUCGACCGGAUCUUAUUGAUCCGGCACUGCUGCGGCCUGGUCGAUUCGACAAGCUUCUGUACGUGGGACCCAGUACAACCGUCGAUGAUAAGGAAAGUGUACUGCGAGCUAUCACCAGUCGGUUCCAUCUGACGGCGGACCUAACGCUGCGAAAGAUCGCCGAAUGCCUCAAGCAGGAUAUGACCGGGGCCGAUAUGUACUCGAUCUGCUCAAAUGCUUGGUUGAGUGCCGUUAGGAGGGCCAUCCGCAGUGCCACCACAAAGGAAGAAAAUGUAGACGACACCUUGGGACCGGAGAGUGUCGUUGUUAACGAGUCGGACUUCAAAGCGGCAAUGAAGAAGUUUAUCCCCUCGAUCAGUCCCAGUGAUAUGGAGUACUUUAAUCGGCUGAGGAGCAACUUCAGUGUUUGAAUAGAGUUUCAUUAUGUUUUCAAAGGACCUGCUACAUCAAGUAUCUUGUUACCAGUGCAGCGGUACAAAAUACCGGAAACAAGA